AUGCAGUACUCCAAGAUCCUGGCCCUGGCCACCCUGUUCAUCACCACCACCCUCGCCGCCCCCCAAAAGCGCGCCUGCGCCUACACCUGCGGCACAAUCUGCUACAGCAGUAGCGCCGUCAGCGCCGCCCAAGCCGCCGGCUAUGAUCUCUACCAGGCCGGAUCCACGGACGACAGCUACCCCCACGUGUACCACAACUACGAGGGCUUCGACUUCCCCGUUUCCGGCACUUACUAUGAGUUCCCGAUUCUGAGUGAUGGCGAUGCGUACGAUGGUGGUUCUCCUGGUGCGGAUCGGGUUAUUUUCAACACGAAUGAUCAGUUGGCUGGUGUGAUUACGCAUACUGGUGCUAGUGGUGAUGACUUUGUUUCUUGCUAG